AUUUUAGAAGUGAUUUCUUAAGUAGUAUAUUGUAGUACACCUUAUACUUGUAAUAUGUGUCUUCAAAAUGUUAACAAUAUCUCUGAUAAAAUUUCUAUGUAUUAAGUGAACAGUAUUGACGUAUACAACAAUCUAAAGAACUGUAAAAUAUAAUUCUUACCGACAUAACCUAGAACUGAUAUAUAUUCACAAGUGCACAUGGCGCCACACGUAAAAAUGCAACCGAAAUUACUCAAUGUGAAUAGAACGCAGAAUCAGCCAAAGAAACGCAAGAAGAUUGUUCUUGUAUUUGAUGAGAACAAGAGACGAGAAUUUCUGAAGGGGUUUCGUAAAAGGAAAUUACAAAGGCAACAGAAAGCUAAGGACGAGUUGCAACAACAAUUAAAAGAAGAACGGAAAAGAAUUAAACAUGAGGAAAUAUUGCUUUUACAGGCACGAGAACGUUAUAAAACGCUAUUAUCAAACCGUGAUAUUCCUGAAAUUCAACAACUAUUAUCUCAAGAAGAAUAUGAAACAGAAGGACAUACUGUCAGUAUUUUGGAAUUAAAUGUUGCAGAUCUAGCAGAGAAGAAUGCAUUAAUUGGUGAAAAUAAAGGCACUGAUGAAGUGGAAAGUAAUGAGAAAGAAGAGAGUGAUAAAGAUUCUGAAAAUGAUGAAGAAAUUGUAGGGAUGCCUUUAAAUGAAAAGAAACAAACUAAAAGUUUGAAAGAAAAUGUAAAAGGGAAGCAAAUUGACAAUAGAAAAGAUUUAAAGAAAGCAGUAAAAAGAGCUGCAUUGAAACAAGUGAAGAGGAGUAAAGCAUUCCAACAAAAACAGAAAAUGGAACGUCAAAAGAAUAAGAAAGAGAGUAUGAGAAAACGUAAAAGAGUUGAAAAAGCUAAGAAACGUAGUGGGAAAUUUAAAAAAAAGUUAAAUCAUUAAAUUAUCUCACAAAGUUCUUUUUUAAAUAUUAUAAAUAAAUAUAAUUUAUAAUUAACAUUUUUACAAUA